AUGUGGUCUCUCUCCUCGCUCAGUCUCAGAAAGGCUCACCUCUUUUUCGCCUUUUCUCUCUUUGCUGCCAUCUUUGCCAUUCUGUUGCCCUUUGACACCGCCUGGCAGUCGCUUCGUUCAGCCGCUUGUACCACUUUCUUUCGAAACCACGCUACCUGUACCCUUGCAGACCCUGCUUUCGCUCCUGUCUCUUCCGCCAUGACUGACGCAACCGACGCUUCCAAGUGGUUCCGCUUGCCUCGCAACGUCAUUCCCACACACUACGAUAUUACCCUCAAGUCCGAUCUCGAGGCUCUCCGAUUCUCCGGCACCGCCACCAUCGACCUAGACGUCCUCGAGGAGACCGACUCGAUCGUCUUCAACGCUGCUUCCAAGCUCGCUCUUACCAAGUCGCUCGUCCUCAGCCAGGCCCUCAAGACCGAUAGCAAGAGCUUUGUUGCUCUCGACAUUGACUCCAAGCAUGAGCGUGCCACUGCCAAGCUUCCCAACGCGCUUCCCAAGGGCUCCAAGGCACAGAUCGUCGUUGCCUUUGCUAGCGACAUUGACAACAGCAUGAUGGGCUACUACCGUUCCACCUGGGAGCACGAGGGGAACAAGGGCUAUUACGCUCUCACCCAAUUUGAGCCUACUGCUGCUCGUCGUGCUAUCCCUACCUGGGACGAGCCCAACCUCAAGGCCACCUACACCUUCCGAAUGAUCCACCGCAACCAGACCACCGCUCUGGCCAACAUGAACGUCGUCAGCUCCAAGCACAUUUCGCAAGUCGAGCAGGACAAGCUUCUCCGUGCUGCUGAGCUCGGCCUUAACCAGCUUUCGUCCAAGGGUGGCAAGACCGAGGGUAAGACUCAAGUCUCCUCUUCCACUGCCUCCGACGAUUGGACCCUCACCGAGUUCGCUACCACUCCCAAGGUUUCGACUUACCUCGUUGCAUGGGCCAACGGUCCCUUUGUCAGCCUCGAGAGCAGCUACACCAGCCCUCUCACCGGCAAGGUCAUCCCUAUGAAGGUCUACACUACCCCUGAGUACAUUCACCAGGCUCAGUACGCUCUCGAUGUCAAGGUCAAGGUUUUGCCCGAGUACGAGCGUGUUUUCGACGUCGCUUACCCGCUUCCCAAGCUCGACACCCUCGUUGCCUCCGACUUUGAUGCUGGUGCCAUGGAGAACUGGGGUCUCAUCACUGGUCGUACCUCGGUCUACCUCUACGAUGCUGAAAAGUCCGGCCUUCAGGGUCAGAAGCGCACUGCCGGUGUUCAGUCGCAUGAAGUGGCUCACCAGUGGUUCGGUAACAUUGCCACUUUGGACUGGUGGGACAACCUCUGGCUUAACGAGGCUUUCGCUACUCUUAUGGGUGAGGUCGUCAUUCUUGACCGAUGCUUCCCUGAGUGGGAGUCGGCUUCCGAGUUCAUCAAUGUUCAUCUUGACCGCGCUCUUGACCUCGACGGCAAGCGAUCCAGUCACCCUAUUGAGGUUCCUCUUGUUGGUGAGAAUGUUGAGGAUGCCAUCAACCAGGUGUUCGACGCUAUCUCGUACUCUAAGGGUGCCAGUGUCCUUCGCAUGCUUUCCAACAUGAUCGGCGAGGAUGUUUUCCUCAAAGGUGUCUCGAUCUACCUCAAGAAGCACCUCUACUCGAAUGCCGUCACCAAGGAUCUCUGGAACGGUAUCAGCGAGUCUUCGGGUCGUGAUAUCGCCAGCAUCAUGGCCAACUGGAUCUUGAAGCAGGGUUUCCCCGUUCUCACUGUCACCGAAGAGGCCGAUGGUUUGCGUAUCAAGCAGAACCGUUUCCUCUCGACCGGUGACCCUACUCCUGAGGAGGACGAGACUCUGUGGUAUGUUCCUCUCAUGCUCAAGACUGUCGGUUCUGAUGGUAAGGUCUCGGUUGACCGUGAAGCUUUCCUCAAGAGCGAGCGUGAGGUUAAGAUCCCUCUUGCCAAUGCCAAGCAUGUCACUUACAAGCUCAACGCCGAGACUAUUGGUGUUUACCGUGUUGCUUACUCUCCCGAGCGUCUCGCCAAGCUCGGUGAGGAAGCUGCCAAGAAGGAUUCGGCAUUGUCGCUCGAGGACCGUGUCGGUCUCGUUUCGGACGCCUUCACUCUUGCUUCCGCUGGUUACGGCAAGACUUCGGGCGGUCUUUCGCUUCUGAAAGCUCUUCGCAACGACCCUACUUACCUUGUCAACUCGGCUUCGUCGCUCAAUCUCGGUACUCUCAGCAGUGCUUGGUGGGAGCAGGACCCCAAGGUUCAGGAUGCUAUCAAGAAGUUGCGUGCUGACAUCUUUGGUCCUACUGCCAAGAAGCUCGGGUUCGAAUUUGGCGCCAACGACUCGCCCGAUCUCAAGCAGUUGCGUGCUGUUGCCAUUGCCGCUGCUGCCAACGGUGAAGACGAGUGGACUCUGAGCGAAAUCAAGAAGCGAUUCGAACACCUCGUUUCCACUGGAGACGACAGUCAAAUCCACCCUGAUCUGUUGCGAACCGUCUUCUCUCGCGCCGUCGAACACGGUAGCGAGAAGGAAUACGAAGCAGUCCUUGCCAUUUACCGCAAACCUCAAACUCCCACCCACAAGAUCGCUGCCAUGUUGGCCCUCGGUGCUUCUUCCGAUCCCAAAUUGCUCAACCGCACCGUCGAGUUCCUUUACAGUAACGAGGUGAAGGAGCAAGACUUUAUGUACUUCUUCGCUGCUCUUUCGGGUAACCCCAAGGGUCGACGCAUUAUUUGGAACGCUACUAAGGAUCGAUGGGAUGUACUUUCGAAGAGGUUUGCAGGUAACUUUUCGCUUAGCAGACUCAUCGAGUACUCUUUCAGCGCUUUCAGCAGUGAGAAGGAUGCAAAGGAGGUUGAGGAGUUCUUUAAGGGUAAGGAUACCGCGAAGUUCUCGAUGGGGUUGAGCCAGGGUUUGGAUGCAGUUAGGGCAAAGGCUAGGUGGGUUGAAAGGGAUGGAAAGGAUGUUGAGGAGUGGUUGAAGGCUAAUGGUUAUCUUGCCUAG